ACGACAGUCAGAUGGUUUUCGAUAUUCAGUCAAGGGUCACUGACUUUGAGUCUGCAAAUGUUCACAACACAGCCCUGUGCCAUUAUAAUCAUAUGCAAAUAGAGAAUCGCAGUGAUUCUACUCACGCGUUACGACAAAGAACUGAAAGAUGAAGAUCGCCAAAAUGCGAAAGCCGGUCUCCAUACUUUUUCUCCCUGUCAUCGCCUCACUCCUCUGCAGCGAAACAACAGGCCAGUCAUCCAGUUUAUCGACCACAAGUCCCGCAAGCACUUCCAGCUAUAACACAACAUCCUUCGUGACAGAAUCAAGUGUGAGCAACACGAGUACAAUCUCCUCAAUCACCCAUGGCAACGCAUUUACUGCCGAGCUUGUGACCACCCCUAUGUACAACCUGACAUUGACGCCAUCGCCGGGAAUCGACACAAACACAUCGGCUGCAGUGAUGUCAUCGCAUACGUCAUCUGUAGUGAAGUCAUUGAACUCGUCUUCUACAGUGACGUCAUCGUCAUAUGUUCCACCGCUCGUCACGGAAUUGUCAACAACGUUCGCCUCCACGUUUGGGCUUCCUGUGUCGACGACGAGUGUUCCUUAUAUUACCGCGGCUCCUAAGAAUCAAACGGAAACAUCUGGCGCCGUUGAGGAGUGGAAGACAGAUGUGACAUUGUACCUACUGGUCGGUUGUGCUGCAAUCUUUGUGCUAAUACUCAUUGUCCUCAUUAUCCUACUGAUACAGAUGAGGAAAAUGACAAUCUAACGCUAACGUAACAGGCCUCGAAAUAUGGGAGGGGGGGGCACAAUACAGAAACAUUUAGAAAGGAUUGGGGUCACAGCCACGCCCCUACUGUUCAUUUCCUUAUAAUUUGUGUAAACAUUGAGGGGGCACGUGCCCCCAGUGCCCCACCCCCUGCUACGGCCCUGCGAAUACACUCUUUUUUAAGAACGUCUAAUUUUCAGUUGAGGCUGGGCCGUUCUUCUUUUUGGAUAAGAUAUUCUAAACGAUGUUUUUACAUUUUUAAUGUAUACAAGAAUAUAAUAGCCAAUGAAUUAUUAGGAAGGGAAUAACAGAAAGACCAAUAGCAACUAUAUUUAAGUUCUUGUGAACACAAAUUCGGCAUUUUAGAACGUUUCAGACUAACAAAUCAAUAUUUUGCUGCUAUCCGAGCCUCGGCAUGUUCUUAGCAUGAAAUCGCAGCCUGGACGUUCUCAUAAAAAAUAUUUUAUAAAGAAAAAGAGUGUUAUCUUGAUACUCAAUCCACUAUUUUCGAAAGAAAGAAAACGAUUUACGUAACCUGAGUAUCAGGCCCUUCUAUGUUUCUAUCGCGCCGGCGAGAAACAAGACAAUGGCAUGAUACAAGUACUGUUCGAAUCGCAUGUUUUCAUGCCGGAUUCCGGCAUGGCUCCUGAUUGGUCAAAAAAACCAAGGGUACUCGAAUGGGACGCGCUGACUGGUUCAGCUAUAUAUAGUACCCUAGCCCGUCGACUGCUCGUUCUCAGAGUAAUGGCGGACUCCAAAAGUGCUUUUGACCUGGCGUUUGCAGAAUCAGAGAAAUCGUUUUCUAUAACAUUUAAAAAAAUUAUUUUCCUCUUUUCAUUUUCUUCGGAAAAAUUACGCCUGAUACUCAAGUUAGAUGUUCAAAUGUUUUGCCCGGGCCGGUCACAGCGUGUGUUUAUUUCUUAUUGGUAUCGUUUUUCGAAGCGAAGAUCUACUAGUUAUUAUGCACUAGUCAUUUGAAACCCCCACCCACACCCCCAUGGUCCCGGGGAAGUGUGGGGUUAAGGUGGGGGUUUAGAGCAUUUUUGAACGAGAAUCUGUCCCGAGGGGGUGGGGAAAUUGACAGUUUUUGACUCUAAGACUUAUCCCCAUCGUGGGGGCUUGGGACAAGUGAAUAGUGUCACAAAUAUCAUGUUAGUUUCUGGCUUGAGACUCUGUUUCUUCUAUAGCAAGCAAUUCCAUGUAUCAGCGUGUGGCAUGCUGCACGGCGACAUGUGCAAAAACGAAUAUUUAAAAAGUAAUUUGUACAAAUGUACUCGCUGAAGUGUACUGGCUUUGAAAGAUAAAAAAAAACUUAUUUCAGGUGACUUGUUGUCGGGUUAUUGCCUAUAGUUUACAUCCCAAGGGGUAGGGGCAUUAAACUGCUGUUAUGUCCCGAGGGGGUGGGGUCUUUUCUCGGUUUGGUACAGGGUCAAAGUCUAACCCUCCACCCUUCCCCGGGACCAUGGGGGUGGGGGUUUCAAUUGACUAGUGCAUUAUCAAAGGCGCUAGAUUCAUAGAAGCUGCUUAAUACUACAUACAUCAUUAGUCGUAGCUAUAAAAUUUUUAGACAAGCCAGGCGCCGAAUAUACGAAGAAUGCUUCAGAUGCUUGGAAUUGUUUGCGGCGCUCCCCGCGAGUUGUUGAUCGAGUGAGCUUAUCAAAUAAUGGCAUUUGUGUUCAAGCAGCGGUUUGUCUAUUUAGACGAAAAAGCCUGUAGUAAAUUGGUGAUGUGACUAUCUUGUAGUAAUUUAGUGAUGUGUGGAUCUGCAGUCAUAUACUUAAAGCCGCAUUGUCACCAGUUUACUUCCGGUCGAUUACACAACAAUCUCCGAUGAUUUUUAACGGAAAACGCGAAAGCAGUGUGUCUAUUGGAAGUUUCUUUGAGGAUGUGAUUGAUAAUUUAGAGCAGAUGGCCUGUUAAAUAUCUCAGAUUUUAAUAGAUUCUUUUGUCUUUUAACGGUUGAGGUUUCCGUCGGACCUCCGGAAGUAAACUGGUGACAAUGCGGCUUUAAAUCGUAAAACUCCUCAGCCGUGAACUAUCUUUGCGUUUCAAAUCAUUUAGCAUAAAAGUUACCCUCACGGGGGUUCAUUGUCGUUACUAAAAUUAUUACCUUUGCAUAUAACACCAAUGUAGCUUUGUUUUACAUAAAUGCUGUUUAUAAUUUGA